AUGGCCGCUCCGCCUCUCCCGGUCACGAACCCAACGUCACAGCCCGAAUCCCAGCCUCCAAUCGCCACGCCGGCCUUCCGCAACUUCAUCUCCCGCCUCUCCUCUUCCGUCCGCCAGGGCUUCUCCCAGCGCCGCCCAUGGACGGAACUCAUCGAUCGCUCCGCCUUCACCCGCCCUGAAUCCCUCACAGAAGCCGCCGCCCGGAUCCGCAAGAAUCUGUCCUACUUCAAGGUCAAUUACAUUUCAAUGCUCGUCGUCGUCCUCGGCUUCUCCCUCCUGUCCCAUCCUUUCUCCCUCCUGGUGCUCCUCUCCCUCCUCGCCUCCUGGAUCUUCCUCUACCUCUUCCGUCCUUCCGAUCAGCCCGUGGUGAUUCUCGGCCGGACCUUCUCGGAGCGGGAGACGCUCGGCGUGUUGCUCUUGUCGACCAUCGUCGUGGUGUUCUUGACCAGCGUCGGCUCGCUCUUGAUCUCGGCGCUGAUGGCUGGAGUUGCUAUUGUCUGCGUGCACGGCGCGUUCAGGGUCCCCGAAGAUCUGUUCCUUGAUGAGCCGCAAGAGCAGGCGAACGUUGGACUCCUUUCCUUCCUCGGCGGCGCCGCCUCCUCCGCAGCUGCCGCCGCCGCUCCCGUUGUCGCCGCUCGUGUGUGA